AUGAGCGAUGAGGAGAGCGACUCUGAGGACAUGUACAGCGAUGCCCUGGACACCAGCUAUCGGCCGAAGGAUUCGAUCGACUCGGAUGAGGAACUGGAUUCUCCAGACACCAGUCCCUGGAACGACUCCGAGACCUCGGAUGAAGAAGGACCUGAUGCAGAGUGCAGCACCUCUGCCACGACCACCAACCCCGUGAAAGAAAGGAAGUUCAUCGUCUGCGCUUCAAUGCUCCUGCAGUUGUUUUCGGUCUGUAGGGAAUGCUUGGCUCCUACACAUACAAGUUUGAAGGAGCGGGGGACCUUGCUGCAUGCCGUGAAUGUGUGUGUAAGGGGCCACAAGACUGUCUGGGAAAGCCAGCCCAGGAUUAAUGGGAAGGCAUUGAUGAAUCUUCUCCUACCCGCCGCCAUUACAUUCUCUGGGGCCAGUCCUAUACGAGUUAUUCGUCUCCUGAGCUCUGUAGGUGUUGCCGUUCUUCAAAAGAGCCAACUCUUCCUGAUUCAAGGCUGUCUGGUGUUUCCUGCCGCUGCAAAGGUAUGGAAAGAAGAGCAGACCACCCUCCUUACAGCGAUGCGUGGCAGCAAGCUUCACCUGGCAGGCGACGGCCGUGCCGAUUCUCCCGGCUACUCGGCGAAGUAUGGCACGUACACGCUGCUGGAAACAAACAUCAACAAAAUCCUACACUUCGAGGUUAUCCAGUCAACAGAAGUCAAGUCCAGCAACAACAUGGAAACCGAGGGCCUCAAACGUUCCUUCGACCAUCUCCAGGGCUGGGGGUUCUGCCCGCAUGUGCUCGUCACGGACCGCCACUUUGGGGUGAACGCCCUGAUGAAGAGCAACUACCCCAACACCAAGCACCGUUUCGAUGCAUGGCAUGUUGCCAAAGGCAUCGGGAGCAAGCUGGCCCUCGCGGGGAAAACAAAGCGCAACAGCCUGCUAAACAAGUGGGUCAAGACUGUCCGGGCACACGUUUACUGGUGUGCCCAAACCAGUGAUGACAAUGGUGCACUGGUGCUGGCCAAGUGGAUGUCCUUGAUGCGCCAUGUGGACAAUGUGCACCAGCAUCCCGACCCGCUCUACCCUGCUUGCACGCAUGCCCCAAUCGUUGAAGAACGCUGGUGGCUUCUUAAGGGAACUGAGCCGUACGACGCCCUCGAAAAGGUGGUAAUGUCACGACAGCUGCUGAAGGACAUUCCUAAGCUGUCUGGAGAUGGCCAGACGUACCGGCUCGAGUCCUUUCACAGCCUGCUGCUACGAUUUACCCCGAAGUCGAGCCACUUCAGUCUGGUGGGCAUGGAGGCACGGACUGCCAUUGCUGUCCUUCAUUACAACGCCAACUCGGAUCGAAAGCAGGCCACAACCAAGGAUGGCAAGGACUGCUUUGUCCUGAAAUUCCCUAAGGCGAGGAAAGGCGAGUGGGUCGUCAACCGAAAAAUGGAGCCUGCGUCCUACGGUAAAUGCAAACGUUUUUAUUGA